GCAUCAUUUCCACGACACACACACAGUCAACCAAUCGUCCAUCGUUAUCAUCGCAUGGCGGCCGCCGCAUCGACGGUGCUUCGAACGCCCGAGCUCAUCUCUAUGCUUUUCGAGCAACAAGAAGGACUGACCCAGGAUUUGUUGCCGUUUCGAACCAUCAUGAGCCCCUCCGUGUGGACAAAUAUCGUCCAGGACCUGGGCGACACUGGUCGCGACGCCGCCGCCGUGGCCGCGUUUCAAAGCGUCAAUUCCCUCUUGAAAUCUUGGCUGCCAUUGUAUGGCUCCCGUCGGCUGAUGCAUUUAUGCCGACAUUUACCCGUGUUUGCAGCCUUGGUACCCGUGGCGGCCUCGUUCGGGGGUAAUUUGGAUCUCCUACGGCUGUGCCACCGCCACCCCCAUCUCCACGACGAAAUGAUUCGUCCACUAGACGAAGCCGCCCCCGAGUUGUGCUAUGACGUGGCAGCAGGGCAAGGGCAUCACGCGAUCGUUACGUUUCUGGAACAAAUAUAUGGUCCACACAACACGAGUGCUUCGCGACGAGCGAUGGAUUGGGCUGCGCAGUAUGGACAUUUGGGCAUGGUCCAACGCUUACACUCUACCCGCGCCGAAGGGUGUACGGCCCAAGCGAUGAACUUGGCCAGCAGCAAUGGCCAUUUGCCAGUAGUGAGAUUUCUGCAUGAGCACCGCCGAGAGGGGUGUUCGACGUUUGCUAUGAACAGCGCCGCCGAGUUUGGCCAUGUCGAGGUCGUACAAUUCUUGAUGAGGUAUCGGCGCGAGGGGUGCAGCCGUAAAGCCAUCGAUAUGGCCGCGCGAAAUGGCCAUUUGGAAGUGGUCCAGUUGCUGCACAACCAUCGAACGGACGGAUGUACGACCCAAGCCAUGGACGGCGCAGCGCGAAAUGGCCAUCUGGACGUCAUACAGUUCCUGCAUCAACAUCGCACCGAAGGGUGCACGUCGUGGGCCGUGGACUUGGCCGCGCAAAAUGGCCAUUUGGAAGUCGUCCAGUUCUUGCUCACGCAACGAACCGAGACUUGUACGACCUGGGCCAUGGACGAAGCAGCCACCAAUGGCCAUCUGGACAUUGUCGAGUAUUUGCACGGUUGCAUGAAAAACCAUAAUCUCCACCACCACACAACUUGUACCAAAGAAGCCAUGGAUGGCGCCGCGGCCAAUGGACAUUUGAACGUUGUGAAAUUUCUCCACACCCACCGGACCGAAGGAUGCACGUCGCUGGCGCUGCACGAAGCCACGUCCAAGGGACAUCAUCAUGUCACGGUCUAUCUGUGCCAACAUCGUGAGGCACUGGGGCUAUUGGAAGAUAGCGAUGAUAUAGCAAACACAAGUCAAUAAAUAUCUUUCUAUUGUACUCUCG